AUGACUGCAAUAGCAUCAGUAUCAUCGCCAUUAGAUGGCCGAAACAGAAACGGUGAGGCGAGCGAAGCCGUGGUAGAAUCGGCGCCAGCGUCCGCGACGAACAACGCAGACAACAUCAAGCAGUUCGGCGUCGCCUCCUCGGAGCUGCACGGCUUCAAGCUAUACAUGGUUCUUAUUGGCGUCUGCUUCGGCGCCUUUGUCAUGGCUCUCGAUGUCUAUGUCAUCGGAACGGCCAUUCCUUCCAUCACAUCCGAAUUUCAGAACACAUCACACAUAUCAUGGUAUCCGGCAGCCUACACCUUGGCGGUCUGCUCGCUCACCCCCUUGGCGGGCAAAAUGGCCAGUGUGUUCUCGCUCCGCUGGGUCUAUCAAGGCUUUUUCUUCGUCUUCCUCGUCGGUAGUGCCAUUUGCGGCUGGGCAUCUACGAGCGAAGUCUUCAUCGUCGGCCGUGCCGUCUCGGGCAUCGGCGCAGCUGCGGUCACCAGCGGAGGGCUCACCGUCGUCUUGACCAUAUCAUCACGCCAGCGUAGGCCGUUAUACAUCGGCCUGUGCAGCAGCUGCUUUGCCCUGGGUCUGAUUCUCGCCCCCAUCAUCGGCGGCGCCUUCACCGAGAAGGUCACCUGGCGCUGGUGUUUCUGGAUCAAUCUACCCGGUGGCGCCGUCACCCUGCUCGCCAUGUUCUUCUUCUUCAAGUUGUCGCAACGAGAAGGCAAGCCAACGACCACCAUGAAGAAAAUCUUGAGUCUGGAUCUCGCUGGGUCGUUCAUUUUCGUCCCCGGUAUAUUCAUGUUGAUCCUCGCCCUACAGUGGGGUGGGAAUUCAUAUUCUUGGAAGUCGGCAACGAUUAUUGGCCUUUUGGUUGGAUCAAUCGUCAUGCUGUGUCUCUUCGGCAUCUGGGAAUCGCGCUUGGGAGACUCGGCCAUGAUCCCUGGUGUGCUGGUCACAAGACGCACCGUUCUGCUCAGUGUCAUCUUCUCCUUCUGCCAUCUAGGUGCUCUAUCCGUCUCGUCUUACUACCUCCCGGAGUGGUUCCAGGCAGUCCAGGGCGCUAGUCCCUUUGAGAGCGGCAUAAGGGUGCUGCCGUCCGUCAUAUCACAAAUCGUAGGAACGAUUUGCGCAGGUGGAAUCGCCCUCAAAAUCCGUUUUUACAACCCUUGGUUCUUUGUCGGGCCCGUCUUGAUGUGCACCGCAGCUGCUCUAUACACCCAGUUCACCGUCUCCAAUACCCCAUCGAGCCAAUGGAUCGGAUUCCAGGUCAUUCAGGGCCUGGGCGUAGGCUUCUCCAUGCAGAUGCCAUCUCUAAUGGUCCAACUAGCGCUCAAGGACCGCGCCGACCUCCUGCCCAUCGGCGUCUCUCUCAACAUCUUUGCCCAGUUCCUUGGGGCUACCGUCACGCAGGUCAUUGCCGGUGCCAUCUUCCACGCGCGUCUGGAGAGCCAGCUCGCCUCGCGAGCUGCGCUGAGUCACGACCAGAUACAACUACUUUACCGGAGCGGUAUCGCAAACGUACGAGCCAUUGUGGACAAAUACUUUCCCUCGCUUUUCGACCCCAUUAUGGAGUCGUACAACUCUGCCAUUGCCCAGACACACUUCGUCGCUGUUGCCUCAGCUGGUGUGGCUUUUUUCCUAGCCUUCGGGAUUGAGUGGAUUAGAAUAGAAGGCUCGGCUAUCAAGUUGGGCAACCAGGAUGAUGUGGAAGCGGCAAACCCGACCAGGGAAGAGAAACCAUCAGAAGCUACGGGGCAUUGA